AUGGAUGCCCCGAGGGCCGCCCCGGCCCCCAGCCGGCCCUCCCUGCUCCAGCUCCUCGGGAGACUCUUUGGGCUCCGGCGAAGCACGCGGCGGGCACAGGAGCCUGGAGCCCGGGGCAAAGGCCACGACAGCCCCGCGGCUCCCGCGGCAGCCGUGCCGGACUGGGUGCUGCCUGGCAGCGGGGAGCUCGCAGGGCAGCAGCGGCCGUGCCGUGAGCCCCGGGGGGAUGCCGCGGGGCAGAGCGGGGAGGAGGCGCUGGGGGAGCUGCGGGAGAUCAGCCUGGAGGGCUCCCUCGGGAGCGGCACAAGCCGAGGCUGCCCGACGCCGAGCGUCAGUGACACGGAGCUGGAUGCGGCCGGGGACACGGCGGAGGCUCCGGCGAGCAGCCCGGCCCCGGCACAGCAGCACGUGGGCAGCGGGGUGGCCGGCCAGGAGGGGAAGGUCAUGCCAGAAGCUCUCGGUGACGCGGCUCUGGAGACGGCUGGGCUCCUCCAAGGUCCCGGUGCUGCUGCUGAAGUUACCGGCAUCGCAAGCCUCCCGCUGAUGUUUCCUGCGGGCUUUGAUGCUGAAAAGGAGAGAGAGCAGCUCCUGAAAGAUCAGGGUGCAGAAUCCCCUAAAGCAGAGCUGUCUCUAUGGAACAGGCUCAUCACCAUGAACAGACAUCGACGGACUUCGGAUAAGCCUCACGUCCCGGGAAGCCUGAUGCAGCUGGAAAGGGAAGAGGAGUCUCCUCUGAGUGUGGCUGUUCAUGGACCCACAGCACCGGUUCUCCCCCUCCUGCCCGCGAAACCCUCUGGUGUGGUCCCGGUGUACAGGCGAGCUCCUCCGCUCUCUGCGGCCAAGGGUGGGAGCGGAAGCCCACCGCCGCCCUGCCUGCAGCCCAGCCGCGAGCGGAGGCGGGCGAGCCGGGGCAGCAGCCGGGCAGAGGUUUCCUCGCGGCGCCAGAUGGCACUCUGCGACUUCAAACCGCCCGGCGCCCACCCGCCCGUGGUGGGGACACCCUGCAAGCGGGGUCCCUGCCCCGGCCUGGAGCCGGGCCCUGGGGAGCAGGGGGCAGCGGGCACGGGGGGAUGGGGCUCCCUGAGCCCGUGCGCCAAAUCUGCGUGGGCCGGACAAGGUUUCUCUCAACUUACGUACGGGUCUAACUAUUGCACAGCGGACCAAGCAGCACAGCGUGCGUACGGCGGGGUGAGCGGAGUCGCCUCCUCCCGACCCUUUGCAACAACGAGACUCAAACCCAGCCGAGAUCCUCCUGCUCCGAAGCCGCUGCAGCGUGACCGGACGGUGGCUGCGCAGCCCGGACGCGGGACCGGGGCCGCCGGGGUCGGCCGAGAGCCGCAGCGUGCUCUUGCCACCCACCUCUCCGUCCGGCUCGCUGCAGCGUUGCUUAACGGGCCGGAGGAUGAGACUAAGGGGAGCUCGGAGCUCGGAUGCCCAGAUCUCCGCAGGGCCCCGCGCCACGCCGAGGGCGCAGGGCAGGGGGGUCUCCGUGCCGAGUUCAUCGCAGCUUUGCUGUCUCUGGGCUCUGGAUGA